GGUCACGUCAUGCAGUGGUGUCAGCAUGCAGCAUGUCUAAUUAGUAUUGCUUGUGAAAGCGAAGCAUAAAUAUUGUUAUCUCACACCCAAAGGGCCUCUGGAUGCCCCUACGGACCCCUGCCAUGUCUCAGCUCAGGCAUGGCGGUGGGCUCUUUUGACUUUGGCUAGUGCACUGAAGGACUGUGGGGGGCUCCCAGGGGCCCAAAACCGAUGUGUUUUGCACCAGCGAGCGUCAUAUGCUUGUGAAAAUCUGGCUAUGUAGUUGGUUUUGCACUUGAUUGAGCUUGCGGUGAGACUGCAUUUUUAUUUGUUAGGAGUAACAGUCAAAGACUCUCUAAUAUCAUGUAUUAAUGACUGAAAGUGCCAUUGGUUUGAACAGACAAGACAGCAGAGGCACAGCACUAACACGAAAAGCCUGUGUGCGCAGCCCAUGUGUGCGGUGUGGACAGCAAGUGUCCACGUCCGUCCGAUCGUUUGCUGAGUCAGGAGGCACCCACUCGCGCUGCUCUUUCUUGUUUUCCUCUAGAUUCUUAUCUCAUUGACCCAUGAGCUUUGACGUUAUGCUCAAGUGACGUCUGGUUUCAGGGCUCAGAUCGUGCCAUGCGUCCCGGGAAGCGCCGGAUCCCUGUUUUCGGUGGAGUAUGAACUUGUUUCUUCUAGCGCAGGAUCCACUGGAUCUUUUCUGCCUGGAUGUGUGUGUUUACAGCCGGAUCAUUGCGCACCUGACACUCUUUCACUUUUACAGCGCGUGUUUAAUGAAUGAACCGUUCGCUUUUUUAUUCUGCUGACGGAUUGUACCGUGUCCGACCUUCAUUGCGGAAAACAGCCGGAGACUGAUGUGAAAGCCCGCCGCUGAAGUACGUGCUCUACGAGCCUUGUUCCAGCGGACGGCUGUUGUGAUCAUGUCUAUACACAUAGUCGCCCUGGGUAGUGAGUGUCCUGGGGGCGUCGGUGCUGGGGAUGAGACGGCCGGCCCGGGACAGGUCCAAGGUGGUUUGUUGUGGAGUUACCUGGGCCACGGAGCUCGGGAAUUGGAUCCAAACUCAAUGACACCAUCAAGGCAUCCCCUGAAUCCUGCGUUUAUGGAGUACCAGUCUAGAGUAUUCGGGGAUGUCAGAGUGAUGGUGCGAGAUUGUCCCAGCUGGGACCUCUUGGACAGUGACUGGGCGAGCGUGCGGAACGUUCUGGAGCAGGCCGACAUCGUGGUCAUUAAGUACUCGGUCAACGACAAACUGGCCUUUCAGCAGGUCAGAAACGGCUAUGCUCCAAGACUUCGCCCUCUUCUUCGGCACUGGGGUCUUCCUGUGAUUCUGGUAGCCAUUGGGGCGAGACUAAAUGAUGAAGGCCCGCCGUGCACAUGUCCUCUGUGUGCGUCCGACUGGAGCAGCUGUGUGCCCCACAGUGAGGGGCUCCAGCUGUCCAGGGACCUGGGGGCCACUUACCUGGAGCUGCCCUCUCUAAACAACUUUUUUGUGGGUCGUUACUUUGGCAGUGUGCUGGAAUACUUCAUGAUUCAGUGUCUGAAGCAGAAAGCCAAAGAACGGCCAGACAAACGGCGGGGUCACAGGCUUAACGAGCCCCGCCCCCCUCAUUUGGACCAGCCAGCGCGUCUUCCCCCGGUGAGAGUGGAGGAGUCCAGCUUCUCUCAGGACCUGCAGUGGCUUCUCGAACGCGGCGUUCAGUUCGCAGACGUUGCGUUCUACGCGGGGGACUCUGGGAAGGAGCUGGGCUGGGCACAUGCGUCCGUUCUGUGUGCCGUCAGCCCAUACUUCAGACAGCUGUUGGUGGGACGGCAAGCCUGGGAAAGGCCCGUCUCGCGCUGCACCUGUAGGGAAAGAGAUGGCCCCCACUCGCUUUUGUCCACCUGGGAUGGAGGUGUAGAAGAUCUAGCCAGAGCCGACGGGCAUCCUCCUGGACACCUCUCACGGCUGGUUGUGAAGGACCCUCUGCUGUGUUUAUGCCUGUGGGAGACGUUAAUGUUUCUUUACAGAGGGGCCUGGGAAUGGGAAUACCUCGAGGAAGCCAUCGCUGAAAAACUGAAAAACCCUUUGGCCGUGGCUCAGCUGAUGGACAGGAUACGCUCAUUUGUUGGGAGAGAAAAGGCCCCCAGGGACACACCCACACCCCGCUCUCAACAAGGUCCUUUGACAUUGGGAGGCCUCUUCAAUUCUCCUCUGUACUCUGAUGUCAUCUUCAUGGUGCAAGGAAGUGUGCUGCCAGCGCACAGAGCCGUGCUUGUGGCCCGCUGCGAUGUUAUGGCCGCCAUGUUUAGUGGAAAGUACGCAGAGGCACGAAGUCGUGUGGUGCCAAUCCACGGAGUCUCGUCUGAUACCUUCCUAGCUUUCCUGGAGUACCUCUACACUGACACCUGCUGUCCAGCCAGUGUGUUGCAGGCCAUGGCCGUGCUCGUCUGCGCAGAGAUGUACCAAGUGAAACGGCUGCAGCACCUGUGUGAGGUAUGCGUGUGCGCGUACCUUCAGAACAUGCCCAGUCGAGAGCUAGCGUCUACGGGCAUCAGCGUGAUUCGCUUACUGAGGAGAGCAAAGUGUCACAACGCUGACCAGCUAUAUGUCUGGCUCCUCCAUUUCAUUGCCAAUAACUACCUGAUCUUCAGCCACAAGCCUGACUUCUUGGAGCUAUCAGGUGAGCCACCCGCUUGACCACCUGGAAAGGAUGUUCAAGCACAUUAGAAUACAUGCCCACACAAUUAUCUCUGACUGUUACAAAAACCAGUUACCAGCACCCUGUGAGCACUCCGAACAGCUGGUGCUUCAGACAAGCCCAUGCAAAUCACUACCGGCUUCUGUCAAAAGCUUUAUUAUGAAACACUGAGAGCAAAUGUAAGGUCACUUUUGAAACGAAUGAAUCAUUUUAACACCCAAUUAGUACAUCCUGCCCUUGCACACACACUUGGCAAAUAUGAAUUGUGUAUAGAUUUGUGAGUCAAUGAAUACAACAAGCAAACAGUGACAGGAACAUUUUAUUUUUCAUCAAGCUCCCUUUAGGUUUUUUAAGCAGCCUUAUAAUUUCUUCAUGCAUUAUCUUUUUUUACACUUAACAAGAAACACAUAUAGACAUUAUAGAGACAAUUACAUUAUUUUCAGCCUAAAUUUCAGUUGAAGUGCGAGAUAUAUGGUGGACGGAUAUAAUGCUCCGUUUAAAUGCGUUGAAUAAGUGGGUUGCAGGAGAUGUUGUUGCAGUACUUUCUAAGUCCCGAUGAUGCUUUUUUGACAGAUGAGGAGCGUGAGCAGGUGGAGCGGCUGCGCUGGCCAUCCAGAGGCUACCUACAGGAGCUCAGUGAGUACCAGCAACGCAGGCGGCAGAUCCGCAAGUCUCGCUGUAGCAUCAUGUGA